AAAAGGGAAGAUGGCGAAAUAACUUCAGCACUGAAUUUUCAUCCAGUAAACAUAUUCUUUGACCUGCUCGAACCUCUUAUGGACAAGCACAAGUUUCCACCAAACAAUAUCUACAACGUUGACGAAACGGGGAUCAGUACUGUGCAGAGCAGACCAUCAAAAGUUCUUGCAAAGACCGGAAGGAAACAAGUUGGGUCCUUGGUUUCAGCGGAACGUGGUCAGACCGUCACAGUCGAAACGUGCAUGAGCGUUACAGGGUCUUUCAUCCCACCAAUGUUUGUCUUCCCACGUGUCAGAAUGAAGAAACUAAUGGAUAAAGCUCCUCCAGGGUCAAUCCAUGAGUGUCACAAGAGUGGAUGGAUGCAGAUGGACAUAUUCACAAAAUGGUUCAAGCAUUUCAUCCGCUCGUCUGGCGCUUCUAAGGACAAUCCAGUGUUGUUGAUACUUGAUGGCCAUGCAACACAUGUCAGAAACUUGGACGUCAUAGACCUUGCCAGAGACAAUGGUGUUGUAAUGCUGUGUCUGCCUCCACAUUGCUCUCACAGAAUGCAGCCACUUGAUGUGAGCUUCAUGAAGCCACUGUCAUCAUACUACGACCAAGAACUGGAAAAAUGGUUGAGAAACAAUCCAAGUCGAGUUAUCACGUCCUUCCAGGUUGCAGAGUUGUUUGGCAAUGCAUACAUGAGGGCAGCAACUACCCAGGUGGCAGCUAGUGGGUUCCGCAAAACAGGAAUAUAUCCUACCAACAGAGAUGUCUUCCUCCCUCAUGAAUUCCUAGCGGCAGAUGUGACAGAUCUUCCCAUGGAUGACAGAGACAACAAAGAACACGGUGAAUCAGGAGUUGAAGUAGCUGCUCCAGGUUGUGAGGAUAAGGUUGAUGGUGAAGAAGGCAUUCCAGAGUUGACUGACACAGUAGACUCCGAAGAACCUGACAAGGAAACUCAUGGAGCAGCUACAGAAGGCUCCAAACCUGCUUGCCAUUCCAACAACUCCUGAUACUGACAACGGUAAUGCAGGUCCCUCAACUUCUCGGUACCAAUUGUAAUGUAGUGAUUGUAUGAAUCACUACAUAUACACAGUCUAGACUUCAUAAUGUAUAUGCCCCCUUCUCAGAACCAUCCUUUUCAACCCCCUUCUCAGAACCCUUAUCAUUAAUUUAAUCCAAGCCAUUAAAACCCUUAUUGUUCAUAGUCAAACAAACUCCAAUCAGAGAACAAAGAACUGCCUUCCCCUUCCCAAUAAUUAAACCCCUUUAGUCCUAUAUCCAAAUCCUUUAGUCCAUAUAUGUAGUGAUUCAUACAAUCACUACAUUACACAAUCACCAUUUGUCAUUUCCCCACCUCCUAAAGCUAGUACUACCUCCAGGACCAAGAGAUCGAAUGCACGACGUGGCAAAGCUGUGUUCCUAACAGAAAGCCCUUACAA